AUGAGGCAACAACCAUCGAGAGCUCUCUUCCGCCUCGCCUUCCUCCAGAAUCUGUUCUCGCCUUACGCCGACCACGCGUACGAGCCCCUCCACGCGGAAGAAGCGCAAGAGGCCGAGGCGCGGGAAUCGUCGUCACUCGUCGGUGCCAUGGCUGCCCCUACCAAGAGCGGCCUCGACCCUACCACUCGCGCCGUGUCUGACGUCAACGACGGCGGCGGCGACGGUGCGGUAAACUCGGACUCGCGCCACCACCGCCCGCACCCCGCGAUGGCCAACCGUCCGAUGGCCUCGGACGGCGGCGGGACGUGCUCGGAGACUGUCGAGGCCUCGCAGGGCUUGUACAUCCUCGAGUCCAAGUCCGUCCGCUGGUGGAGCUACCUCGCCACCGCCGACUUCUGGAUCGUCGUUGCCAUUGGCCAGGUCCUGGCCCUGUGCAUCACCGCCACCAACACCUUUACGAGCUUCCUGCAGCAGGAAAACUUCAGCGCGCCCGCCUUCCAGACCCUGUUCAACUACGUCUUGCUGGCCGUCGUCUACAACGCCGUGCUGCUCGCCCGCGACGGCCCCGGCGCGUGGGCCCGCGUCGCCCGCCGCAACGGCUGGAAGUACCUCGUCCUGGCCUUCCUCGACGUCGAGGGCAACUACUUCACCGUCCUGGCCUACCAGUACACCAACAUCCUGUCGGCGCAGCUCCUCAACUUCUGGUCCAUCGUCUGCGUCGUCGCCAUCUCGUUCGGCCUCCUCCGCGUGCGCUACAGGCCCUUCCAGGUCCUCGGCAUCCUCGUCUGCUGCGGCGGCAUGGGCAUCCUCUUGGCCUCGGACUACAUGGUCCAGCGCGACGGCGGCGCGCCGGGCGGCGGCGAGACCAAGCUCAAGGGCGACCUGUUCGGCCUGCUCGGCGCCACCCUCUACGGCACCAGCAACGUGCUGGAGGAGUGGCUGGUCUCCAAGGCCCCCAUGCACCACGUCCUCGCCUUCAUGGGCCUCUUUGGCGCCGUCGUCAACGGCGUCCAGGCCGCCGUCUUCGACCGCGCCUCCAUCGCCGCCGCCGCCUGGAGCCCCAGCGUCGCCGGCCACCUCGCCGGCUACACCCUGUGCCUCACCCUCUUCUACACCCUGGCCCCGCUCAUCCUGCGCAUGGGCAGCGCCGCCUUCUUCGACAUCUCGCUCCUGACCGCCAACUUCUGGGGCGUCAUUGUCGGCAUCCACGUCUUCGGGCUGAGCAUCCACUUCCUGUACCCCGUCGCGUUUGUCUGCAUCGUCGUCGGCCUCGUCCUCUACUUCCUCUCGGGCGGCGUCCUGGGCGACUCCAAGAAGCCGUGGCUGGGCGAGAACCAGGAGGCCGGCGUGGCGGGCAUCGGCACCGCCAAGCUGCGCGCCAUCAACGCCGCCCGCGCCGCCCAGGGCGAGGCCGAGAGCGGUGGCGGCGCCGCCUCCAAGAUCCGCGCUCUGCUGGGCAGGAAGACGUGA